AGUCUAACUGUUAUUGGGAAACUGGUUCAAUCUAGAAUAUGUUCCGUCACGAUGAGCUCGAAUGAAAGUAAAGAUUUAAGUAUCGUAGUUUCUCAGACAAAUUAUCACAUGCUUAUGUGUUGAACAAGAGGAAGAUGAUCUCGAACACAACAUCCUUUACUAAAUUUUGUGGUGGCGAACCAUUUUGGAAUCUAUCCCUUACAUGGUAUACAAGCAAUCCAGAUUUGACGGAAUGCUUUCAGCAGAGUGCCCUUGUUUGGGGACCUUGCGGCUUUUUAUGGCUAACAUUACUUUUUUAUAUAAGGGCGUUGCGUCGCUACAGAACAAAUCCAACGCCUAUAAAUAAAUUGAACACUUUAAAAACUAUAAAUGGAAUUAUCUUAACCUUUAUUUGCUUCAUUACUUUUCUUAAAGCUAUUGUUGACAAAUCAAAUGGGAAACUCGAAGCAGAGAUUUUUAUAGUUUCACCACUCAUUCAAACUGUAACUUUUAUUGUCUCAACGAUUCUUGUUCAAAUUGAACGAAGGAAAGGCUUUAUUAAAAGUGGCAUACAGUGGAUAUUCUUCCUUUUGUCUUUUAUUGCGGGAGUUGUAAUAUUUGCUUCAAAAGUUCAACAUGCUGUCAAUGAUGAAGUACAAGAUAAAUUCCGAUUUGUAAUAUUUUUUGUCUACUUCGGAUUUCUCUUUAUUCAAUUUAUACUAUUCUCCCUUGCUGAUUUGGCUCGCACCAUAAUUCCAGCAGGAAAGAAAGUAUCCCCAGAAACGGAAGCUUCGUUCCCGUCUUAUCUAACCUUUUGGUGGAUGAAUCGUCUCAUUAUAACUGGUUAUAAGAAGACACUAGAAGAGGAUGAUCUCUUUGAGCUACAUCCUCGUGAUCAAAGUAAAAAUGUUGCACCAGUAUUUAAAAAAGCUUGGGCCUCUGAGUUACGAAGAUGCAAUUGGGCGGAAGAACUUCGAGAAAAAGCUCGUAAUAGACUAAACACUGGAAUGACCGAUAGUAGUUACGGAGCUAUUCGCUCAGACAAAAGUUCACCAUUUACUACGGGAGGAGACGAAGAUAACGAACGAACCCGAUUACUACCAUCUCGAUCUACUUCCGAAGUGCAUAUUAAAAAACCAAAAAAAGAACCGUCUCUCUUUAAAGUUAUGGUUAAAACAUACGGAUUUCAAUUAUUUAAGGCCCAUAUUUGCAAAUUUAUAUGCGAUUUACUACUGUUUUUGGGUCCUAUUCUACAAAAGCAAUUAAUUGGAUUUUCAAAGGACGAUGGAGCACCAAAUUGGAAAGGAUACGUUUUUGCUGCAUCAUUUUUCCUUUAUACAAUUGUUUAUUCAGUUUUCUUUCACCAACUGUUUCACAUUGGUAUGACUCUGGGUAUGAGAAUUAAAUCGGCAUUUAUCGCGGCAGUAUAUAAAAAAGCAUUAACAAUGAGCAACGAAGCCCGUAAAACAUCGACUGUUGGUGAAAUUGUAAACCUUAUGUCUGUUGAUGCUCAAAGAAUGCAAGAUGUCACCGGCUAUCUUUGGAUGAUUUGGUCUUGCCCUGUACAAAUUGCGCUUGCAAUGUAUAUGUUAUGGAAUAUUGUUGGAUAUGCGACAUUGGCCGGUUUAGGAGUCAUGAUUCUUCUUAUACCAGUUAAUGCCGUUCUUGCUUCAUUUCAAAGAAAGUUUCAAAUAUCGCAAAUGACACAAAAAGAUCAAAGAAUCAAACUAAUGAAUGAAGUUUUGAACGGAAUGAAGGUAUUGAAACUCUACGCAUGGGAAUUAUCAUUCAAAGAAAAAGUUAACGUUAUUAGAAAUCUUGAAUUGGAGACUUUAAGGAAAUUUUCUUAUCUAUCAGCCUUCGGAACAUUUACAUGGACAUGUGCUCCAUUUAUUGUAACUUUGGCUACUUUUUCAACCUACGUGCUCUCUGGGCACGGACUUACAUCUGAAAAAGCUUUUGUAUCUUUGUCACUUUUCAACAUUUUAAGAUUUCCCAUUAAUCUUCUACCAAUGAUGGUUACUUAUAUAGUUACGGCUAGUGUAUCUUUAAAACGAUUGGGAACAUUCCUUAAAUCUUCUGAUUUAGAUGAAACUAAUGUACAACACGAUCCAGCUGCUCCACAUCCAAUUCAAAUAUCGAAUGGAACAUUUGCAUGGGGAACCGAUGAAAAUGAUCAUCCAAUUCUUAAAAAUAUCAAUUUGAAAGUUGACGAUGGAAAACUGAUAGCAGUUGUUGGACAAGUUGGUAGUGGAAAAUCUUCUCUGAUAUCUGCUGUAUUAGGAGAGAUGAUUAAAUUAGAAGGAAAAGUAAAUGUUCGGGGCAAUUUGGCUUAUGUAGCGCAGCAGGCUUGGAUUCAAAACAAAUCGUUAAAGGAUAAUAUUUUAUUCGGGAAACAAUGCAACGAUUUGCGAUACGAUAGGAUCAUUGAUGCUUGCGCUCUUAGACCUGAUUUAGAUAUAUUGCCAGGUGGUGAUCAAACAGAAAUUGGUGAAAAGGGAAUAAAUUUAUCGGGAGGUCAAAAGCAAAGAGUCAGUUUAGCACGAGCCGUCUAUAAUGACGCCGAUGUUUACCUAUUCGACGAUCCAUUAUCCGCUGUCGAUUCACACGUUGGAAAGCAUAUUUUCGAACAAGUUAUAGGACCUGAAGGCCUUCUUAAAACGAAAACCAGGGUACUUGUAACUCACGGAGUCCAAUGGUUACCAUACGUUGAUAAAAUUGUUGUGUUACUUAAUGGAGUAAUUAGCGAAAUGGGUAGCUAUGAAGAACUUUUGUCUCACGAUGGAGCUUUUGCACAAUUCCUAAAAACGUACCUACAACAAGAAACGGAUGAAGACGAAGAAGAAGUACCUGAACUUCAAGAAAUUAAGGCUCGUUUGGAAUCGGUAUCUGAUGAUAAAAUUGCAACUGUUGGUUCCGUAGGUAGUAGCAACGAUUCGACUCAUGUUGGAUCUUAUCAAAGGCAAACUUCAGGCACUGACGGAGUAAAUCCAAAGAAAUUGGUUCGAAAAUUUUCUCGAGUAUCUAGUGUCGAGGAAAAGGAACAAUUAGAAGAAGAAAUGAAAAAAAAAAUGAAAGAAAAAGAAGCAGAAAAACUUAUCCAGGAAGAGAAAUCGGAAGUUGGAAAGGUGAAACUGUCAGUAUUCAUAGCUUACUUAAAAUCUAUGGGAGCUGCCUGCUCCUUUGGAUUGUUUUUCUUCUUUUGUCUUUAUCAAUUAGCCUCUGUUUUUGCCAAUAUUUGGCUAAGUUGGUGGACCGAUGAUGAACGACUAGCUGGUCCAACGAACAAUACAAACUCUACAAAUGGUACAGAUAUUGUGGCGCUAGAAGAAUACUAUCUGGGAAUAUAUGGCGCCCUUGGUGGUGGCCAAGCAUUUUUUGUCUUAAUUUAUGCCAUUAUUACUGCAAUAAGUGUGGUCAACGCAUCUACCGUCUUACACGAAGGAAUGUUAUUUAACGUUCUAAGAUCGCCUAUGUCGUUUUUUGACACUACACCAAUUGGAAGAAUUUUAAAUAGAUUCUCUAGAGACAUUGAGACUAUUGACAAUAUACUACCGGGUAUUAUCCGAUCUUGGAUGAAUACUAUGUUUACAGUUAUAUCUACCGUAAUUGUAAUAUCAUAUAGUACACCUAUUUUCUUAUCAGUUGUCCUACCGUUAGGACUCCUUUAUUAUUUUAUCCAGAGAUUUUACAUUCCAACAUCACGUCAAUUGAAGAGAAUUGAAUCAACAACAAGAUCGCCUAUUUAUGUGCAUUUCAGUGAAACAAUAACUGGAGCGAGUACUAUAAGAGCUUAUGGCGUGCAGUCGUCAUUCAUUAAAGAGAACGACGAUAAAGUGGAUCAUAAUCUAAAAUUCUACUUUUCAUCUAUAGCUUCAAACAGGUGGCUCGGCUAUCGACUUGAAUUCGUUGGAGCUUGCAUAGUAUUUUCGGCUGCGUUAUUUGCAGUUAUUGGUAAAAAAGACCAUAUCGCUGGUGGUAUUGUCGGAUUAUCUAUAUCAUACGCUCUUCAGAUUACGCAAUCUCUCAAUUGGAUGGUAAGAAUGAAUAGUGAUAUCGAAACGAAUAUCGUCUCUGUGGAAAGAGUAAAAGAAUAUUCUGAAACACCGGCCGAGGCUGAGUGGAAUAUAGAUAGAACAAGACCACCGAGGGAAUGGCCGCAAAGUGGUCGAGUAUCCUUUGACAAUUAUUCCGUAAGAUACAGACCGGGCCUUGAUUUGGUUCUUCGGGGAAUAAGCUGUCAAAUAAACGGCGGAGAGAAGAUUGGUAUUGUUGGAAGAACGGGAGCUGGAAAGUCGUCGCUGACUCUGUGCCUCUUUCGCAUACUAGAAGCUGCUGGAGGAAAAAUAGUUAUUGACGAUGUUGAAGUAGAUUCUCUUGGCUUACAUCAGCUAAGAUCAAGAUUAACUAUUCUACCCCAAGAUCCGGUUUUAUUCUCGGGAAGUUUGCGAAUGAAUUUAGAUCCAUUCAGUAAAUAUACUGAUGAACAAGUGUGGCACGCUUUGGAGCACGCUCAUUUGAAAGAUUUCGUUAAUGGUUUAGCGCUAGGGUUGGACUACGAAUGCGGGGAAGGCGGUCAAAAUUUAAGUGUCGGGCAAAGGCAACUUGUUUGUUUAGCGAGGUCAUUGCUAAGAAAAACCAAAAUAUUGGUGCUGGACGAAGCCACUGCCGCUGUUGAUUUGGAAACUGAUGAACUUAUUCAGAAAACAAUUCGAUCAGAGUUCGCUAGCUGCACAAUCUUAACUAUCGCUCACAGAUUAAACACAAUAAUGGACUACGACAAGGUUGUCGUGAUGGAUAAAGGACAAAUAAUUGAGUUCAAUUCACCGAAUAGUCUACUCAAGAACAAGAAUAGUGUGUUUUAUAGUAUGGCUAAAGAUGCCAAUCUUGUUUAGCAUUAUUAAAAUUAAAUUUACACAUACAUGGCAUAUGUAUAUACAUAUAUAUAUGUACGCUGUAUUAUCAUUUUUAACAAAUUCUUGUUUUUAUAUAAUCGUCUGUUUCUGUCAUCUAAAAAAACUCGUCCAAGCUGAUAAACGAAACAAAAAAAGUAACCAAAAAAUAUGAUUCGUGUUUGAUUGACUGUAUAAAAAAAAUAUUUUUAGUGUGGUUUUUCGUUUGCCAAUAUACAAAUAGUAAUAAUAUAGCAAGAAGAGACAGGAAAAGUGGAUGAAGAUUAGUUAGAAAAAAGAUGGACAAAAUAUUCUAAUUAGAAUGGUUUAUCACUUAAAUGAAAUAGGUUUACAACUAUGCUACACACUACCAUUUUUUCCCAUUGUCUCUUCUAUGUAUACAGUAUAUAUAUUUCUCAGCCACAAUCUACCUAUUUUACUUAAAUGAGUUUAUUUACUUGGUUUACGUAAUGAAGCAAAGCUGUUGCAGUUUUCUUUUUUUAACUCAGCUAUUUUUAAAUUUGAAUAAAAUACAUGCAGAUAAACGUUUUAUCACGUGGUCUUAUGCUUACUUAAUCAUUCAAAGAGAUCUAGCUCUUUUUAUUUUCUUUUUUUGACUUCAAUUUGGUGACGCCACCUAUUGAAGAUAAUUUAAACUACAG